GCUAUUUCUAUAUUAACAUUACUACUUCUAUUGUUAACAUAACAUUUUUACUUUCUUAACAGCAACAUCUUGCGUUGCCAACUUUUUACAUACUACCCAUAUGGCUACAGCUGUCAAAUGAAUUUUGACAGUUCGUAAUUUUUUUUGUCAUUGAACCCCAAAAACUAUUUUGGGAUAUAUAAAUUUUUUAUAAAUGUUUUAUUAAAAGAAAAUUUUGGCCAAAUUUUACAUAAAUUAUAAAACGAAAGUGUAAGCAGUGCAAUAAAUGAAUCCCAUCAUUGGUCAAGCAGACUUUCAUGCAGCGACUGCGGCCACUGCAGCUGCAGCAGCCUCAUCAAAUACAUGUCCAUUACAUCAAACAACAAUGGAUUCAGUUGAAUCAGAAACAUCAGAAGGAGGGCAAUGGUCAUCCGAAGAAUGUGGUUAUAUGGAUGGUGAUUCACAGCGUGCAAAUAAUCAAAGCGAUAUCGUACCAACAUAUCCACAAUUUGGUUGGGUCGAUAUAACGAAAGACUUUUUUGAUUCAUGUAAUGAACUGAGUUUAGGUGAGCUAGCGCAAGAUAUAAUGUUUGGUCUGCUUGAAGCCAUGUCAGCUAUCGAAAUGAUGGAUCCAAAAAUGGACAUGGGCAUGGGCUAUAAUAAAAAUGAUAAACCUGCAUACACUUUCGAAACCGCAGUAGAGGCUGGAGUUUUAAAAUUAGAAAAUUUGACUGUAGAAGAAUAUUUAGGUGUCUUUGAUUCACUAUUUGCUUGUAUUGUAUCUUGGUUAGAAGGUAACUCAAUGGACCAAGUGCUACUCACAUGUCUAUACUUACAUGCGCCAGCUAAGAUAAAGGACAAAUCAUUACGUAGCUUUUGCUAUGCAGUACGAAAUCUUGUAUUAAUUAUUAAAAAAAUUGUUGUGAUAAGCAGCGUAAAUGAAGAAGAAGAUUUUCAAUAUUAUGGUAAUUUAGCCAUAAUGUCAGCGGAGGAGUCAUUACCGUAUGCGGUAACAACACAAAUUAAAGAAGCUGAAGACGAAUUAUUGCGUCAAAAUAAAAAUUCAGCACAACCUGAAGAUAUCAUGCCAGUGGUGCAUCGUUUAAGGUAUAUGCGACAUUUUUAUCAUGCAAUAUAUCUAUUCGACUUUGCAACAUCAACUUCACCGGAUGAAGCCAUCAUUAACGAAAUCUAUAAAAAUUUAAAUGCAACAUUAGAGCUGGUACCGCAAAUAAAACGCACUAUUGACAAAGGCACACCACCAGAGGAAGACUCUGAUCUUCCAAAUCCGAUGGGAUACUCAUCGCGUAUACAUAAUCGUAGUCAACCGCCAACCUUUCCACGUACAGUCAAAAUACGUGAUCGACAUUCGAGUAUACAAUUUUAUGAAGAAGUAGCGCUACACUUGAAACACGCCUGCAAAGUAAUCAAAAUGCGCGAUUAUUAUACAGUUUUGAAUUUUUUCAUAGACUUUAGUCGGAGAUAUGGAAAUUGUAUACUUUCACGCAGUAUUCUACAGGCAUUAUUUAUGUCACACGAUCGUCUUAUAUUCGGCACAAUACCCAUGAAAGACUUUCUUUGGGAUUCAGUGCGAGCAUUCAAUUCUCCACCCAUACUAAAUCCAAAACACGCAUUAGCCACAGAUCGCAAAAUACAAAUGCAUUUGGAAACUUUCUUUCGUUAUUGUGCCUCCAUGUCAACUUUUGUGCAAUUCAUACGCAUUUGCGGUUACAACAGAGCAAGGCAACGUGAGAAGCUAUCAAGAUUUUUAGAGAGUUUUGAGUCAAUACAAGUAGAGGCUGCACGUUUGGACUCGCAUUUGAGCGUGUUAGCUAGUGAAAAGGCGGCCGAGGGGAAUGAACCACAUGCCACAGCACUCAAGUAUAGCGCACAAUUCUCAACUUGGGUACAUUACAACUGCUUCCGUGCAAUGAUGCUUUAUCUGAUGUCUGGAUUCGAACUGGAAUUAUAUUCAGUGCAUGAAUAUAUUUACAUAUAUUGGUAUCCAUAUGAACUAUUAAUUGGUUUUAUUGUAUCAGCCCUAACACGCACUGAAAACAAUUGGUUAGUUCAAGAGGAAUAUGCCGAACAAUUAAGUAGAUUACAAUCUGGAGGUAAUGGAAAAAAUCGUAAAACUAAGCCAAAAAAGAACAAAAAACAACAGAAACCAUAUCGACAAGAAAUUGUUUACUAUCAUGCAUUAUUGAGCAUGUGUGGUGGUUUUUAUAAGGGCAUGGGUGCACUGACCAAAGAUGGACGUAUAAAACAGCCAAUGUCUCAAUUUGAUAGUGAAGAAAUACGUUAUUCGCGUCGUUUUGCGCCAUUUCAAACAUUAUCUAGUCCGCCGCGUAUACGAUAUAAGGAAUAUGAAAGCAUACGUGAGCAUAUGAUGCGUCCAGAUUCAUCCGAAAUUUAUGAACAUGCGGCGCGACAUUUCGAUCAAGCACGUAGCAUACUAGAAAAUAUGCAAAAUCCAGAUCAAGAGAUUCUGGAUUUACGGCAAGUAGCUAGAGUAAAUUUUGUUGUUAUGAAUGUCUUAGCAAAAGGCCAUCAGAAACAUACGAAAAAGCAACCUGAAUUCGAUUUUUCUACACAUCGUCAUUUUCCCAUAAUCAAACUGAAUUAGUGUAUUAAAUUUGUGCCGGCUGGAACGGUUAUUUCAAAAGGUACUAAAACGCAAAAUAUAUAGAUUUUGACAUAAUAAAUAUAAUGUAGCAUUUUUCGGUUUAAUAUAAUUCAUCAAAUUAAUACUACAAAUAAGUUUGUAAACGUAAAUAUAUUUUAAUUUAAUAA